AUGAGUUGUCCAGAAAGAGGAAGUGCAUAUGAUGAAAUUUAUAAUGAAGAAAUUUUCGAUGAGGAUGGUCGUCCAAAGAGAACCGGGACACUGGUGACAACAGUGGCACAUAUAAUAACAACAUUACUUGGGUCAGGAGUGUUGUCAUUGACAUGGGCAGUGGCUCAGUUGGGAUGGAUUGCUGGCUCCAUUUCUCUACUCAGCUUUUCGAUCAUAACUCUGUUUACUUCUCAUCUUCUGGCGAAUUGCUAUCGAUGCCAAUCCGGCAAGAGAAGCUACUCUUACAUGGAUGCUGUCAAGUCCAGACUAGGAGGACUUCAGAUGAAGCUUUGUGGAAUUUUUCAGUAUAGUUUUAUUUUCGGACUAUCAGUCGGAUACACUUUUGUAGCAUCUACCAGCAUUCGGGCUAUCAAAUGCGGUGGGAAGAAGCCAUGCCCUGCAUUAAACCGGCUCAUGAUACUCUAUGGGAUGGUGCAAAUCAUUUUAAGCCAGAUACCAAACUUCCGCAAGCUCGCCUUGCUCUCCAAAAUUGCCGCUGUCAUGUCUUUUGCUUACGCUUUUAUCAGCAUUGCCCUGUCUCUGACAAAAAUAUUUCAAGGACAUGGACAUUUUGAGAAUACUCUGACAGGAGUACCCGGUGGAGAAGAUAACUUAUGGAAAACACUUUCAGCCAUAGGAGAUCUCGCUUUUGCAUUUUCUUUCUCUACUAAUCUGAUAAACAUUCAAGACACAAUUAAAUCGAGUCCACAGGAGAAGAAAGUCAUGAAAAAAGCUAUUUCAGUGGCAAUCACAGCAACUACUAAGUUCUAUUUGCUUUUUAGUUUGAUCGGAUAUGCUACAUUUGGAAAUGCUGUACCAGGAAAUAUGUUAGCAGGAUUCAGUUCUUUCAAGCCAUUAUGGAUUGUGGAUCUUGCUAAUAUAUGCCUUACGGUUCAUCUCUUCGGGGGCUAUCAGGUAGCUUGUCAGCCAAUAUACGCGUUUGUGGAAAGCUGGAGCUCCCACAAGUGGCCAGAAAAUAAAUUUAUCACGAGGGAAUACUCAGUCGUUGAUGGCUGCUAUGACUUUAAUUUCUUUCGCCUAGUCUGGAGGACAAUAUAUGUGAUUGUUACCACCAUCCUGGCGAUGAUAUUCCCAUUCUUCAGUGAAUUUUUGGGCCUUCUUGGCGCCAUAACAUUUUGGCCAAUGACGGUGUAUUUUCCAAUAGAGAUGUACAUUGCACAGUGGAAAAUUGCCAGAUUUUCAAGAGUCUGGAAUUGCCUGCAGAUGUUGAACUUAUUUUGCUUGAUCGUGUCUUUGCUAGCUGCUAUUGGUUCCGUUCAUGGCCUUGUUAAGUCUAGGUUCAGAGAUUGAGGCACUAGCAUCACUAUUCUUGAGUUCAUUUUAGCACAAUUCUUUCUUAUCCUUUCAUAGGAUCUAAUUGCUUCUAUGAUGUUGUUGAAGGUACCUGAUACGAA